CUCAGCCCGCGCUGGUACAUGAAUACUCAUUUCGCGUUAGGGAAUUCCUAUACGUUCUGUUCAUAUCAACAAUCCCAUCAACAACUUCUUGCAUUUCAUGAAUUUUUAGUGAUCAGGAUUCAGGCUAUACCCUAAAUCUUAAAGUGCUGUAAGUUGCAAAGCUUUGCUAUGGCUUUGCCUCACAUGCCAACAACCUACACAACCAGAAAGAAUCCCCAUGAAGCCAUUAUCAUCCGUCGGAGGAAUCAGGAUGAAAUGUUUCGUGACAGUUGGUCAAAAACUGUCAGUUAUUUUCAUGAUCAAGACAUAAAGGCAUCAAAAGAGAACUUCUGGACCUCGAAUAAAUCAUUUAAGGACAGCAUGGAUGCAUUUGGCCAACAGCAAGAACGAGAAAUCCGGGCUCUGCAAUUACAAAGACGCCGCACAAAGUUAGCGGAGAUGCUUCAAAAAGAGAGAGAUCAACUGGAGGCUGAAAUGCACGGCGUUUCAAAACAUAAUUAUAUCCGUUUGAAAGAUAUGAAGGAGAGGACUGAGGAGUUGAAGAGUGCGAGGGAGGAGAAACGUCAGGCUCUCGCUGAGGAGCUUGCUUAUGAACACUUCAAGCAAAAUAAUCCAGAUCUGAGGAGAAUCGAAUCGGACUUGCUCAAGGAACAUGUCAUUGAUAAAUGGGCUGUACAGAAGGAAGAGAAGGAGGCUGUUCUGGCUAAUGCCCGGGAUGCUGAACAGAGGUUCUUGAACGAGUAUGAGAGGAACAGGGUGGAAGCAAUGGAACGCAUGAAGAAGAAGGAAGAAGAGAGGUUGGCUGAGAAGAAGGCACUGCAGGCUGUACUCAAGGACCAGAUGAACGAACUCAAGGAGAGGGAUAAGGAGUCGUCUGCCUUGAAUAAAGAAGAAGAUCGUUUGUUGAAGGAACGACUUGAGCUUGAUAGAAUGGAAGAGGAAAGGAAGAAAGUCGACCAGGCCAGAAAGAGACAGGAAUUUGGAAAAGUGUUACUCAGGCAGCACACAGCCCAACUAAGAAGGAAAUCAAAGAAAAUUCAGGAAGAAUUGGAAGAUGAUCUGAAACUGCUUGCUGCGCUGGCUAAGAAGGAGGAGGAGCAGAAGGUAAUACUGACGAGCAGACGUGAGAAGGCACAUGCAGACGCCAAAUGGAUGAAGCGGGUAGUAGAGGACCAGCUCAAGUUAGAAAAAGCCAGAGAGGCAGAACUCGAUAUGUUAUUCCAGGAGGAAGCAGCACGGUUAUGGGAGAAAAGGGAAGCUGAGUGGGACAAGGAGCGGCAAGCCAGGGAAAGACUCAUGCAUGAGGUGUUUGAAGGUCGCCAGGAGCAGCUUGAUCUCCAGAUGGAUGAGGUUAGGAAAGAGCAGGAGGAGUCAUUAAUGAGGCGUGAAGAGCUACUGAGGGAGAUCGAGGUGGCCAAUCAGCUCACUCAACGGGAUAUUGAGAAGAAGGAGGAAGAGAAGGCUGGAAGGAAGAAAGAGCUAGAGGCACAGAUUACCUCACGACGGACGGAAGCCAUGACUGCUCGAGAACGCUUAGCCAAGGAAUUGGAGGAGGAGAAGAUAGCUGAGGAUGUUUAUGAAGAGAUGUUGAGAAGAGAAGCAGAGAAGAUGAAAAUCGAUGGAUUCCAACCCAAGGACCAUAGUAGAAAACCACCUCGGAGUGCUUGGAUGUGAUCGAUGAAUAAGGAUUAGGAUUUUAACUAACAACUUGCCGUCCACAAAGUUGCUUUUAGGACAUUCCACCAAUUUCUGCUGGGAAAUAUUGAGUCAUAUCAAUAGCAUGAUAAGGAGUGAUCAUGCAUGAUAAGGACUGAUCAUGCUUUCUGAGUGGAAGUUCAUCGACUGCUUUAUCCUCUCGGUAUUUGGCUCCAAAAUGAUUGCUUCACUUUGUUGGGAGCCCUUAUUUUCCUAAAUGAUGUAUUUUAUUCUUCACUUUGCUGAUGUUUUUCUUUAUCCAGUAACAAUAUAUGUUGCUCUGAAUAUUCUGAGUGGACUCGAGUUCUCUCAAACAUAACAAGCUUCCUCUCUAUGGCAAUAUUGUGAACCUGAGAUUUUACAUUUUUUAGUUUCUGUCCAUUUUCCGACGCAUUGUUUUGGCUGGCCGUGACCGUGCUUGGAGAUUGUCAGUGAGUGAAGUUUGCUGAUUACGAUGUUUUAAAGUGACAGGUUUUGAAAAAAUGUCAUGUAGUUGUAAAAUAUAUCAUUUGUCACGACCACUCUGUAUACGUACAUGUAUUUGAUAACUGUUGGUUACGUCAGGGACAUGCAGGAUGUCUCAAAUGGUACAUCUGUUCUGCAUGCAGUGCACAUUGCUGUUUAUGUGUGGAGCAUGCAGGCAUGCACCGACUGCAUAAUAUGCCAAGUACUACAUGCCAGUGUAUCCAACUCAAAUCAGAAAGUUAGCCUUUGUACUGUGUAUGACUCACAAGAGAACCCUGUCUAUUGUAUAUGACGAGUACCACAUCAGCCUCAUUUCAUGUAGACAUGUGUUACACCAAUUGAUUUUACAUGUACAAUAAAUUCACUA